AUGACAGUCCUAAAAGAGAUCAUCACAACAUCCCCUAACUUCGAAAGAAUUGGAAUUUACUUCGAAAAUAUUGAUGAAGAAGUACUUGACGAGUUAUUUGGUGUUCGUGAUGAAAAACUCAACGUAUCAUGGUCAUCGGAAAUAAAUUUGCCUUGUGGAGGUCCUCAACUUGAUUAUGAAGCUCUUGCUGACUUCCCUUUAGGAAGGGAUAGGACUGUUGUCUAUAGAUACAGCCGAGUGAGAGACAGACAAGAUCAUGUUUUGGUCACCACUAGAAUCAAUGAGAAUUUUGUUGAUUUUCAUCGCUUCAAACACAGUGAUUUAUACGCUUUGAUCGUUGAUUGUCGUGAGGGGGACACUACUCCGUUAGCGACAAACCCCGAACGGUUGGCCACACUGGAAAAUAAGACGAUUAUGGAAUUGCUGAUAGGCCAUCUAGGUUUCAUUGAUAUACAACGCCUUCGAAAAGUGUGUUCCAAUAUACGAACCACAAUUGAUCACUUCAAACCAAUCCCGAAUCUUACUAAACUUUUCGUGUUUUUCGGCUGCCCCGGAAUUAUCAAUCUUAAAGUAGAUUUCGAAAACGACUCUCAUCUAGGAAUCAUUUAUGAAGAACAACAGGAAUCCGUGUGCCGAGUGAAUCAAUCCAUUGUCAAACAAGAUCUUUGCAUUACUUGUAUCGAUGAUCUGAAAACUUGUAUCAGUCGCAGAGACUUCAGUUUGGACAAAUUUCGACUCUCCAUCAACUGCGAUUUUGACAAACAUAGCGAAGGAGUUUGCAUGAAAAAGAAAUGGUUUCUAACUCAACUUGAGAAUGUUCUCACACCCAGAAGUGCUCCAUUGAAAGUCCGAAAAUUCGAGUUUGGAACACAAUGCUGGGAAGAAAUCCUAAUGUAUGAGCCAAUAAAAUGGCUAACCAAUUACGCUAGAGUUCAUCGCACUGGAAACUGCUGA